UUAUUUAUGUUUUUUGAUCUAAUUACUGUUUAAUUGUGCUUGUAUUCAGAAUUGACUAACGUUACCCCAGAUGCGGGUUUAAACACCCCAUUGAGGAAUCAUUGUCGUCAGUGCUGUAACAAGAACAAAACUUUUAAUUGACACAGAGAACCUGUUGCACGGUAACAACAUUUCCCUAAUGCUGCAGCAAUGUUUCCAGUCUCGUCAUCGUCUUCCCUCUUUCACGGUAUAUUUCUCCGUCUGUGUUUAUGCUGUGAACACUAUGCUGGACUGCAGAAACUGAAGUCCGUUAUAAUCCACCUGCGUCCUAUUAUUGCAGCACAGCAGUACAGUGAGCGUGUCCUGACUGCACCCCAGGACAGAUGCCUGUUUUACAUUUCCCUAAAUCAACCACUGCCACCACAUUGAUUAAAACCAUCGCUUAUUAUUGCGAUAGGUAAGUUAGCUUUCUAAAUAGCAAAGUAGCCCACGAUGGACUCUAAGCGAGAUAAAGACCAAGAUGCAGACUGUGAGAAGAUAACUCCUGUGCUGCUCAAGUCACGUACAGGAGAAUUUGAUUUGGAGUCAAUAUUGUUUCUCAAAUUGAGAGGAAUACAUGAUCUUGGAUGCAUUGGAGAGUGUAUGAAUUUAGAGAAACUGGACCUCUCUGGAAAUAACGUCACAAAUUUAGCUCCUCUAGCAUCUCUGCGGCUUCUUUCUGUACUCUGUUUGUCUGCCAACAGGAUUUCCAAUUUAGAGCCCCUGCGCAACUGUGAAGGUUUACAGAACUUAAACUUGGCUGGUAAUAUCAUAUCCAGCAUUGAGAACCUACACUGUCUUCAACCUUUGAGAAAGCUAGAGAAUAUACGUUUUAAAGACAACACUUACAAUUACACUAACCCAGUGUGCAGGAACGCAGCGUACAGAAACAUAGUUCUUGAGAUGUUCCCCAACAUCAAGGUUCUGGAUGGUGAAAGAGUGGUCGGACGUGGGAGUGAACUGUACCAAUUAUGCAAAGACAUUGAUGAUACCAUCAAAGCUGGUUUAUACAAGAAUGGGCAGCUUGUUGAACAUUCUGAUUGCAAACCAUGGGUGGAGGAUAAUUACUGGGAGAUAAAAAGAUCAAACAAUGCCAUUAUCGAAGAAGCCUACAAACAGUUCAACGAUGUACUUCAUGAAUGCAGACUCCUCAACAACAGAGCCACUCACGUAAUUUCCCAAACGGAACGAUCUAUGAGCCUGAAGAAGCAGCCAAAGCAGUAUGCUAUCUGAGUUGGGCUAUUUUGAACACAUUUACGUGCAAUUUUUUGUUGUAUCGUAUACCAUGGCUGUACUGUAGGUUUUUCAGAUUACUAAACUGUAUCCAAAUGCUUGCUCAGUAUCAUUGCCAGACACAUGCUUUGUGUUGCAGUGUGAGGCAUUUGUUGAAAUGAUAUCUCAUCCUAUGCAUCGCGUAUGGGAUGAUACAUAUAAGUGGUUUGAAAACCUUUAUCCAUACUGACUCCCCUCAGUUUGGUUCAAAGAUGUCUUUACUUGCACAGUGUGCAUUUUGUACCAUGCUGUAUCCUGCAUUUAUGCUGGGAGCUAUGCUGCUUAAGAAUUUCUAUAGUUUUAAGUAAUUAAGAGCUUUUUUCCAUUUUGCAUUGCUGGAUAAUUUUGGGAGUUAAUGUGUCCCAUGCGGUAUGCUUUCCUUGUAAGUUGAACUUUUGCAAAAAGUGAUUGAAUGAUGUUUCAGCUGUUUUUACUUGUUUUAUACCAUAAAGUUUAUUAUGUGUA